CGGUUCUUAUCGCAGUCAUUCCGGUCUGGCCUACAUGAGCCGUCGUUGUUUCUUGCACACACUCAAAAUAAAGUAAAUUGUUCGAAAUGCCGUGGACUAGCACCAACAGAAUCUAUGCGAAACCCUCCAACACGAGUGGGGGCGAAGGCGUUACGGCCGUCGCAACCGCCAGCAGCGCCCGAGCCGCGCCCACGGCCGCCGCCGAUACGGGUGGCCGCUUCGAGCUUAGCGACCACGGCUACGGCAAAAGCUGCGUCAAGCUCCUACACGUGUACCGCGAUGGCGAGUACCACGCCAUCCGAGAGUACGAUGUGUCCACCGAGUUGAAGCUGACCAGCGAAUCGCCCUACGUUCUCGGCGACAACAAAGACGUGGUCGCCACAGACUCGCAGAAGAACACCGUCUAUUUGCUGGCGAAAAAGCACGGUGUGAAAACACCCGAAGAGUUUGGCGCAGUGGUUGUGAACCAUUUUCUGUAUACGUACAAGCAGGUCGGUGAAGCAAAGUGUCGUGUGGUCGAGUACCCUUGGGAGCGUUUACAGGCGGGCGCACCGCACAACCACGCCUUCAUCUUCUCACCCGCCGCCACAAGGUGGUGUGAAGUUUCCCAAGUUAGACACGACGCAGUAGUUGUUAAGUCGGGAUUGAGUGGAUUAAGAGUGUUGAAAACGACACAAUCCGCUUUCGUAGAUUUCGUUCAAGACGAGUACACAACCCUUGCGGAUGCUGCUGAAAGAAUAUUCAGUACGGUGGUGGAGGCGGAAUGGACGUACGACAGCAUGCGGACAGCGGACUUCGACAACGCGUGGCUGACGGUGAAGGACGCCAUCUUGGAGAAGUUCGCCGGCCCACCCGACACCGGCGUCUACUCCCCCUCCGUCCAGCACACCUUAUACCAAGCUGAGAAGAUGGUCUUGGAAAAAGUUUCAGAGAUUUCGUGGAUCAAAAUGACGAUGCCAAACAAGCAUUAUUUAAAUAUAGACAUGUCCAAAUUCCCCGCAAACGUGACGAAAGGAGACCCGCGACACCACAUCUACCAACCCAUAGAUAAGCCAGCCGGAUUAAUCUACGCGCAGCUACGCCGUAGACCUAAGAGCCAUUUGUGAUUUCACUGAAGGCUACGUUUCGUAGCAAUGUCUACAAUGAUGAAAAGAGGCUAUUUUAAUGAAUCGAUAAAAAUAUGAUUUGUUAAUAUUUUGUUACUAAAUAAUCUGGGAUCUAAAUUACAGUUAAAAAUGUAAUAA